AUGGCUGUGCGGGCAGUGCCAUCGAAAUGUCGCCCAUUGGGGCAAGUGUUCGGUCCUCGGAUUCGACUGCACGGAACUAAAGACUCGACCAAGGGCCGCGAACUGCUGCUGGCCAGAAACGCUUCCCGAAGGAUAAAAAUUCCAUCAACAGUCAACCACACCGUUUACUGCGAAGGCGAUUCCUCCAAGAAGCCCAGCGACGGUCAGCCUACGGAGAAGCAGUUGGAACGAGUCCACCGGGUCCUGUUGCAUACGCUACCGAAUCUGUUCGUCCAGCCGCUCGAUUAUUCUAUUUACAGUCCGAAUGUAAUCUUCGAAAACAACAUCCGCGGCACGCGAACGGUCGGGUUGUUCUACUACGUCAAGCAGGUGGCCCUCCUGCGCACCGUGGGCCACUUAAAGUUUGCCUACGUCACGUUCGACGUGCUGAAGAUUACCACACAUCCCGAGGACGGCACCGUCAGGGUUCGGUGGCGCAUACGGGGCAUUAGUGCGCUCCGGGUGUUGCUGAUGCUUUGGAAGUACAAACUGUGGCAGUUGAAGGACAUUCUCCACGACCAGGAAGCCUGGUACGAUGGGUUCUCGGUGCUGCACGUUAGUCCCGACGGGCUCGUGUCAAAACACGUCGCCGACAAGGUAAUGCCGGAUGACCACAGAGUGCAAGCCGAUGGCAGGACGAUACCAGUGGCCACUUGA